CUUCGAUUUGUAGAAAUGGAAACUAACAAAAUGUCUAAGCCCGAAGUAAAUCCGGUAAAUGAUGCUGAAAACAUGGAGGACAACCUACAGGAUGUAAUAACUUGUGACCCUCCCGCAUAUCUUAAGGAACGUCCGAAAAUUCUGAAGACCAUUUUGGACGACAUCGGUAACACACCAUUGCUGAAGCUUAACAAAAUACCUCAACAGGAAAGCCUUGAAUGUGACAUCUAUGUAAAAUGCGAGUACCUUAACCAUGGAGGGUCCAUAAAGGAUCGCAUUGCGUACCAAAUGGUGGUAGAUGCUGAACAGAAAGGUAUUUUGAUACCAGGAGAAUCUGUCAUUAUUGAGCCUACAUCUGGCAACACAGGCAUUGGACUUGCACUGGUUGCACUGAUUAAGGGCUACAAAUGCAUUGUGGUGCUGCCUAAGAAGAAUUCUGAUGAAAAAGUAAACACGCUACUUUCGCUGGGCGCCACUGUCAUUCGGACCCCCAAUGUUCCUGCUAGCUCGCCUGAUAGCGACAUUAACGUCGCCAAAGACCUUGUGAAAAAGACAAAGGGUGGCGUUAUGUUGAAUCAAUUUGAGAAUCCAAGCAAUGUAAAGGCUCACUACUGUGGUACAGCUGAGGAAAUUCUCUGGUCUCUUGAUGAUAACCUAGACAUGGUGGUGAUCGGUGCUGGCACCUGCGGGACACUCAUUGGCAUAGCUGAAAAAUUGAAAGAGCGUUGCCCAAAAUGCUUCGUAGUGGGUGUCGACCCUUACGGCUCUAUACUCGCCCCACCUCUAGUAAAACUUGAUUAUGAGGUGGAAGGAAUAGGGGAUGACUUCUGUCCAAAAUUACUAAACAAUAGCGUGGUAAACCGAUGGGUGAAGACCGACGACAAAGAAUCCUUCCAAAUGGCACGGAGGCUUAUCUCGGAGGAAGGAAUACUUUGCGGUGGUAGUAGUGGCGCAGCAAUGUCGGCAGCCAUCAGAAUGGCACGUAUAUUGAAUCUUAAAAGCGGACAGAGAUGCGUGGUGAUAAUGCCAGACAGUAUACGCAACUACAUGAGUAAGUUCAUCUCAAAUCCGUGGAUGGAGGUGCGUGGUUACAUGGAUCUUUACAAAAGCAAUGUGAGUUGGUGGAAUGAACCGGUGUCAAAGAAGUGGAUCCGACAAACUCCCAGUGUGUCUUACAACAGUACAGUGACGGAGGCGGUCAGCGUGCUUAAGCAGAACUACGCAUCCCUUGUUAAUGUUAUCGACGAUAUCGGGGCGCUAAUUGGAAUAUUCACGGCUGACAAUACGCGGCGCUGCCUAGCUGACAAUUCGCUGAACUACGAUGAUGGCCUUGACAAAUUCACUGUGAAGAAGUACUACACAGUGGACCUCGCAAAGAAACCAUUCGCAACACUUGGUUUGGUGUCGCGAAUGCUUGAUAUAGCACCAUUCGUCAUGGUUGUCAAUACAGACCCAUCCCCCAAAAUGGCUAACCACGUGGAGAAUGGUACGACGAACGGUAGUAAGAAGCAUUUUGACCUUAAGAACAUGCCGCACAUCGUGAGGCCUUUGGACCGCCGCCCGAAAAUCCUGACCGACAUGCUGAAUGGUAUAGGCAACACUCCCCUAGUAAGACUCAACAAAAUACAUCGAGAAGAAGGCAUUGAAUGUGAUAUGUAUGUAAAAUGCGAAUUCCUCAAUCCUGGAGGUUCAGUGAAGGAUCGCAUUGCAUAUAGAAUGGUGACAGAUGCUGAACAGAAGGGCAUUUUAGUACCUGGAAAGUCUGUAAUUAUUGAGCCCACUUCUGGCAAUACUGGCAUUGGACUGGCACUUGCUGCAGCUAUUAAAGGCUACAGGUGCAUAAUAGUGCUGCCAGAGAAGAUGUCAGACGAAAAAGUUAACACGCUCUUAGCACUAGGCGCCGAAGUCAUCAAAACCCCCACUGAGGCUCCUUCCAGCUCGCCCGAGAGCAACCUCGGUGUUGCCGCGCGUCUUUCAAAGGAGAUCCCUGGUGGUGUACUUUUGGAUCAAGUAAGUCAUAGAUAUCCAGUAGAAGGACUGGGCUACGACUUCCUGCCAGAGGUGCUGGAUAGAAGUGUGGUGGACAAAUGGGUGAAGACAGAUGACAAAAACUCCCUGCAGAUGGCGCGGAAACUCAUCGAACAAGAGGGAAUACUUUGCGGUGGCAGUAGCGGCUCGGCUAUGUGGGCUGCCAUCCAAUCCGCGAAGAUGCUGAAGCGCGGACAAAAGUGCGUGGUGCUGCUGCCGGACAACAUCCGCAACUACAUGACCAAGUUCAUCUCGGAUCCGUGGAUGGAGGUGCGCGGCUUCAAGUCAGUUCCCAAGAACGUCGGCUUGUGGUGGUGGGAGAACAAAGUUUCGGAUGAGUGGAUCCAAAAGACGCCAAGUGUGUCUCACAAGAGCUCUGUGGAGGAAGCGUUGAAUGCGCUGCGUCAAAGCCGCGCCCUCCUCGUGAAUAUUGUCGAUGACAAAGGAUCGAUAAUAGGUGUGUUCACGGCAGACAAUACGCGGCGUCGCCUGGCUAACCUGUCAAGCUCGUACAAUGACGGCCUGGACAAGUUCACCGUAAAAAAGUACUACAAGUUGGACCUCUCGCAGAGCCCCACGCUUGGCUUGGUCUCGCGCACACUCGACAUAGCGCCAUUCGUCGUCAUUGUCAAAUCAGAAUCACCAACUCUUCAACGUCCCAUUGGCGUCAUCACCUCAGACGACUUGCUAUUUCACGUAUCUAAAGAAAAACAUACUAAUGGAAAGUAAACACUUAAGACUGGUCUAAUGACUUAAUAUAAAUUAUGGUUUCUAAGGAAUCUAACUUAAUUAUAAUGCCUAUAUCUGAUUUUUGUCAAUGCAUAUUAUAAUUUAGAUGUAGGUCUAAUGUUUGUAAUAAAUUAUAAAUGGUUUAUUAUAAUCUAUAAUCUGAAAAUGGGAGAAUGUAUUAUUAAUAUGCAUUAAAAGUAAACGUAGCCAUCUAAACGACUGUUACAGAUUUUUACAAACUUAUAUUUUAUGCCUAUAUAUCUCUUUAUACUUAAUUUUAAUCUUAAUAAAAUUAGAAGCAUUGUAGAACUACAACAGCAUUCCUUGAUGCAUUUACGCAAUCAACACAAUGUGUUUGAUAUACAUCCGCAUUUUAUAAGCCUUGUCUUUUCCAACAAGGACAAAUCAAUGUUAUAUUAUGAUACCAGUUACAACUGUAUUGCUUGAAUAAAAACUUUUGAGUAAAAU